AUGAUAUAUAUUAUUUGUAUAUUAGAAUUGUAUGUAAUUAUUUUUAUUUUUUUAUUUUUUUAUUUUUUUUGGUUUUAUUUGUGGGUGUUGGAGUGUGUGUGUGUGUGUGUAAAAAUAAAGUGGUAUAAAUUUUAUUUUAUUAAAUAUAAAAUCAAUUUUAUUUUUAUUUCUAUUAAAAUAAGGAAAAAAAAAAAAGUUAAAUUUAUAGUUAAAUAUAAUAAUUAUUUUUAUUUUAAUUUUUAUUUUUUUUUUAUUUUUUUUAUUUUUAUAAAUAAAAUUGAUACAUUUAGAUUUGUGGUUAAAUCCAAUAAUUAUUUAAUUUAUUUCAAAAUCUCAAAUUUGACAUUUGUACACCUUUUUCAAGUAACUAAUUAUCGAAUUUGA